GGCCCAUUGGCCGCGGCGGGAAGCGUGGGAGGAGGCCCGGGUAGAGCUGGCUUCCUCCUCGGUGCGGGCGGGCGGGCGGGCGCGAGGCGAAGCCGGAGGAGCCGGAGGAAGCCGAGGCGCGAUCGGCGCGCUCGGGAGGCGGCGGCGGCGGUGCGUCCCGUCGGCCUCCGUCAGGACUGACGGCGGCGCGACCGCAGACGGGGACCUUCUUUCUGAGCCGAGUUAGAGAGUGAGAAGGCAGAAAUGAGGGUAGCAGGAGCAGCAAAGUUGGUGGUGGCCGUGGCAGUAUUCCUACUGACCUUCUAUGUUAUUUCUCAAGUAUUUGAAAUUAAAAUGGAUGCGAGUUUAGGAAAUCUAUUUGCUCGAUCUGCGCUGGACUCAGCCAUUCGCUCUACGAAGCCUCCCAGGUACAAGUGUGGGAUCUCAAAAGCGUGCCCGGAGAAGCAUUUUGCUUUUAAAAUGGCUAGUGGAGCAGCCAAUGUAGUGGGACCCAAGAUCUGCCUGGAAGACAAUGUUUUGAUGAGUGGAGUGAAGAAUAACGUUGGAAGAGGAAUAAAUGUUGCCCUGGUAAAUGGGAAGUCGGGGGAAGUGAUAGACACCAAAUAUUUUGACAUGUGGGGAGGAGACGUGGCACCAUUCAUCGAGUUUCUGAAGACCAUACAAGAUGGGACAGUAGUGUUAAUGGCAACAUACGAUGAUGGAGCAACCAAACUCACAGAUGAGGCACGGCGGCUCAUUGCUGAACUAGGGAGCACUUCCAUCACCAGUCUUGGUUUCCGAGAUAACUGGGUCUUCUGUGGUGGGAAGGGCAUUAAGACAAAGAGCCCUUUCGAACAGCACAUAAAGAAUAAUAAGGAAACGAACAAGUAUGAAGGAUGGCCUGAGGUGGUGGAAAUGGAAGGAUGCAUCCCCCAGAAGCAAGACUGAUGGGAAGGAAUGUGAGGCGAGGAGGAACGCACUUUGACUCUGCAGGAGAGCUGUCAAGCAGCCGUUCUGUGUACAUAUUUCAGUAGCAUGUGGCCGUCCAGGGUGUGCAUGAGCAAGACUGUCUCUGUCAAUUCCAGGAUUAUUUAUUGCUAACAGAAAUGGCUACCUUUGUAAAUAGUCCUCAUUGAGCCAAUCACAGAACUAUUUGUAAGCACAUUUCCCCGAAAGUACAAUGUGUAGACGACAAUGGCAAUAAUGUAUUUUAAUUCUAAAAGCAUAUUCAAUGGAUAACCAGGCAGGUUGUACAGGACAUUGCUAUUUAUCCUGGUUGCUGGGAAACCCUAUCAUGGAAUAAUGUGGCUUUUAGGGAGGAGUUUUUAUUCGUAUACGUGUUUCUGUAUAAAUAUCUGGCAUGUGAUGACAGUAUCCUUUAAAUUAAAGAGAUUUCUGGCUAGUUGUUUGUGUAUUGUCACCUUACAGUCUGACUCCUGUUGUAUCUUUUCAGUCUUUAUUUUUGUCCUUCCAAAGAUAUCCAGAAAUAAAAUGUUUCACAUGAAAAUUUACAUCAGAUUUGUGAAAAGCACAACAGUUUUUUUUUUUUUUUUAAAUAACAGUGAAGAGGAACAUUAAUGUGUCAUUCAGGGCUCAUUUUCUCAAUUCUAUGUUAGCAGUGUGAAUUCUGUGAUUCUGUAGAAGCUGUGUAGAGUGAGCCUAGAAGUGGGAUUCCACAGAACUGGGGGGCCAGACCAAGUCCCUUCCUCAACCUCAUCAGGUCAUUCAAGACAACUGGGUCAGUACGUUUAGAGUAAUACAGACAUUUAUCGGCUUUUUUUUUUUACCUUCACUGACCAUGUGGAUUUAGAACAGGAAUACUUGACUAUCAUAGCUUUGAUUUGUAAACCAAGAAAUUCUGUUAUUUAUUUCUAACUUUGUGAUAGCAGCUGUUACCUAAACAUGUAGCAGAAUCUUUGAAAAGUCCUGAUUAAUGUUUUUUAGGGCAUUUGAUACCUAUUGUACAUCAAAUCUCGUGUAUGGAAUCACUUCAAAUACAACAUAAAGAAAUGAAAUGUUCAUGCUGCCCUUCAUGGGAUGAGGCAAUACAUAAAAUUUGAACCUAAAAUUUAGGUGGUUUGCAUAAAAAUCUAUAACAGUAUUUACUAUUUUUUUGUUAAAAGCUAGAAGCAAUUCAGAUACUUCUUGACUAUUAUUGACCUUGUGGUACUGUUUCUUUCCACAAAUUGAAUGUAGUUCCUAAGGAGAUACAUCUUCUGUGUUCAGAGCAGUUUUGUAAACUUUUUAGAGUCCUGGUGCUUCUGUACUAACUCGCAUCCAGCAUGUAUGUUUUAGCUUUUUUUUUUUUUAACAGUUCUAGGGAUUGGAAAAUAAAUAUUGCAGGGUUGUUUUGUUUUUUAAUACUGAACAUAAGUACUCUUGGUUUGACAUUGAAUUUUUUUCUUUUUCUGUUUCUGUAUUUGACAAAGCACUACACCUGUACAACAUCCUUUUUUUUUUUUUUGUAUAUCUUAAUAUGUAAAAAAAAUUCAGUUUUUGCCAUUCAGCAUAGUAGUAUCAUAUCGUCUGGCUAUAUUUGAACAUGUAUAAAAAUUAAGUUGCUUUUCCAUUUGUAUAAACUGUUGGGAGGGGUAAGACUGGCUCUGAAACUGCUGUGGUGCAGUGUUUUUGGCCUGGAUUCUGUUUUGUAUUGGUUACACCGGCUUCACUCUGGAAGCAAUAAUCGACUGUGUUACGUUCACAUCAGCCUUAGAAGUGAAACAAUGCUCAUUUAAUGUUGAGAACGAAUUUUCUUUAUUAAAAAUCAGUACUCUUGAA